AUGACGUUACAGCCCAGGUGUGAGGACGUAGAGACGGCGGAGGGGGUAGCUUUAACUGUCACAGGUGUGGCCCAGGUGAAAAUCAUGACGGAGAAGGAGCUCCUGGCCGUUGCCUGCGAGCAAUUCUUGGGCAAGAACGUCCAAGACAUCAAGAACGUGGUUCUGCAGACGCUGGAGGGACAUCUUCGGUCCAUCCUGGGCACUCUGACCGUGGAGCAGAUCUAUCAGGACCGAGACCAGUUUGCCAAGCUGGUGCGGGAGGUGGCAGCGCCGGACGUGGGCAGGAUGGGCAUCGAGAUCCUCAGCUUCACCAUCAAGGAUGUCUACGAUAAAGUCAGCUACCUGAGUUCGCUGGGGAAAACCCAGAUCGCCGUGGUCCAGCGAGACGCCGAUAUCGGUGUGGCCGAGGCCGAGCGAGACGCCGGCAUCCGGGAGGCCGAGUGCAAGAAGGAGAUGCUGGACGUGAAGUUCAGGGCGGACACCAAAGUGGCCGACUCCAAGCGGGCCUUUGAAAUGCAGAAGGCCGCCUUCACCCAGGAGAUCAACAUAAAGUCGGCCGAGGCCCAGCUGGCCUACGAGCUGCAGGGCGCCAAGGAGCAGCAGAAGAUCCGUCAAGAGGAGAUCGAGAUCGAAGUGGUCCAGCGCCGGCGGCAGAUUGACGUGGAGGAGAAGGAGAUCGUGCGGAUGGACAAGGAGCUGAUCGCCACCGUCCGGCUGCCGGCCGAGGCCGAGGCCCACCGCAUGCAGGAGAUCGCCGAGGGAGAAAAGGUCAAGCAGGUGCUGAUCGCCCAGGCCGAAGGGGAGAAGAUCCGGAAGAUCGGCGAGGCCGAAGCGCUGGUGAUUGAGGCCCUCGGCAAGGCGGAGGCCGAGAAGAUGAAGCUCAAAGCGGAAGCGUACCAGCAGUACGGGGAGGCAGCCAAGAUGGCGCUGGUGCUGGAAGCCCUGCCCCACACCAGUUUGCCUGCAGAAAGGAGUUUUCCCAUCAAUGGAAAUGCCAGGGAAUGUGUCCUAAGAUAA